GAAAAAUAUUAAAUAACCAUUGGUUUCAUAUAAUGCAACUGAUUUUAUUGUGCUUUUUAUUUUAGGUAUUGUUUCUACAAUAUCAAAUUUUAAAUUUGUAGCAUAUUUAUUCAUUCUGCAUGAUAUUCUAAAAGUUGUUAAUAUAUUAAGUAUUCAACUUCAGUCAAAAUCAGCAACACUUGGAAAUUCUGCAAAUUUGAUAAAAGGAGUAAUUGAUACAUUAGAAAGUUAUCGUUCUUCUAUUCACUACAGUGAACUGUGGGAAAAAAUGGUUGUAUUUUCAAAAGACAAUGGAAUUGAAAUUAAUGUUCCUUUUCAAGGUGGCUCUAAAAGGCAGAGAAGGGAGUCCACUAAUCUAAAAAAUUAUGUUGUUAUGUCAUCAACUUCAGCUGAAAAUAAUCACCAAAGUGAUAAUACAAGUACCACUACAUUAGAACCAAAAGAAUAUUGGAAGAUUCAUGCUUUUUAUCCAGUAAUAGAUACAAUAAUAUGUCAAAUGAAAGAGAGAUUUUCUGAAGAGAGCAUUCAAAUUGCGACUUGUGUAGAUAACUUGUUAAAAUUAGACUUUAAGGGAUCAUCAUUACUUAUAAAUCAAUAUAAGAAUUUGUUUGAAGUCAUCCCUAAUGAUUUGCAAUGUGAGAUGACUGUUUUGAAAAAUAUGAUUAAAGGAGUUCCUAGCUAUUUAACCAUAAAAGAAAAAUUAUCUAAAGAUACUUUUCCAAAUCUUUUUAAAAUGAUCCAAUUAGCUAUCACUCUUCCAGUCAGUUCGGCUACUUGCGAACGGUCAUUUUCGGCAAUGAGAAGAAUAAAUAAUUAUCUUAGGUCUACGAUGUCACAAGAACGGUUCUCAAAAUUGGCAAUACUUAAUAUUGAGAGAGAUAUAAUUGUUGACACCGAAAUUAUUUUAAAUACAUUUGCUAAUAAAAAUAGAAAAAUAAGAUUAUAAAAUGUUAAAAACUAAUUAAAUCUGUUACCUAUACUUAAAAGUUAAAAGUGAAUUAUUGUUUUAUUUUUUAUUUUUUAAAUUUUACUUGCCAUCCAAUGAGCACAUUUUUAUAGAGGGUUAGGUUUAAGGGUAGAAAAAAGCUUCUGAGAGGCAGAGAUUGAAAAAUUUAUGUGAGGGGCUGAAGCCCCCCCAAUAUUUUUACUCUAA